AGGCCCGACUGGUCACCUGGGUCCCUCCGAGGGCGCAAGGAUCCCGGCGGGCAUGACGGGGGCUGGAGGGGGCCUCGGGGCCUGGGGGCGCCUGGUGCUGCUGGGCCUGUGCGUCUGGAUGGGAGCCAAGGCAGCCGGAUCCCUGGCAGGCGCUGAUGGGAGGGGUCUAUCUGGUCUCCUGAGGGGAUUAGGGACCCAGUUUGCUCCCCAAUUCCCAGCACCCAAGGCCGCUGUCAGGAACCUGAAUGUGUGGCAUCAGACCAGCAGCUCCAUCACCCUGCGCUGGGACCCCCCGGAAGACCCCACCCUGCAGAACUACACCUACUGGGUCAGGUGCACCGGAGACGGUGGCAAAAAUGAAAUCGGAAGCACGACAGACGUCACUUACACGGCGGAGGGACUCGAACCCGCGUCCCGCUAUGAGUUGUCCGUGUGGGUGGAGGGAGGUGGAGCCAGCAGCUCCGAGGCGACCCUCAGUGCCAGCACAGGCUUCCUGGGCCCAGCAGGGAAGGAAGGCCUGGACAUGUGGGCCCAGAGUCCACGGCUGAUUCCCUCUCCUGUCCCCUCCUCAGCCCCCAACCCCGUCAGGGACCUGACCGUGGAGAGUCAGACCACCAGCUCCAUCAGCCUGCGCUGGACAGCUCCCCAGGGCCCGGAUCACCCUCCCUACACCUACUGGGUCUCCUGGACCAUGGAGGGCGGGGUUGCCACUAGGCCCCAGAACACCCCGGAUACCAGGAUCACAGUGGACGCAAUGGAAGCUGGGACCCUGUACACCUUCACCGUGUGGGCGGAGAGGAACGGAGUCAACAGUAGCAAAGAGACCCUCAUGGGGGCCACAGCUCCUAACGAGGUCACAGCUCUGCAGAAGGAAACGCAGACCAACAACUCAAUCGCCCUGCGGUGGGAGGCCCCGGCAGACCCCCGCUCUCAGCUCUACAUAUACUGUGUCCGGUGGGCCGGUGGGGGACCUCCCCAGGGGGAAGGACACCCCCAAGCACACCAGGUCGACCAGAUAGCCAGGACCAAAGAGACUUGGUAUGUGGUGAAGGGCCUGGAACCUGGGACUCCAUAUAACUUCAGCGUGUGGGCGGAGAGGAGCGAUGUAGCCGGUGCCACACAGAGCCUCCGCGCAUCCACAUACCCAGACCCUGUCACCAUCAUCUCCUGCACCAGCAUCUCUGGUGGCUAUGGGGUCACCCUGACCUGGACCUGCCCCCGGGGCGGCUAUGAGGCCUUUCAGCUGCACGUGGGCGGGCAGCAGGUCUCCGGGGACCAAGCCUCCUGCGGGAAGGACAGGGGCAUGUCCGUGUCCAACCUCCAGCCCGCUCAGUCCUACACAGCCACGGUCAAGACCAUCUGGGACGGACUGAGGGCCCCAGCUGCCUCCGUGACCUGCCACACGGAGAGUGCAGGUGAGCACAGCCCCAGGGGACACACAGUCUCUCCAGGCCCCCUCAGGCCCUGCGCGGACGGAGUCUGACCUACC